AUGACAGCUUCCCAGCUCCAAAACCCAGCUGCAACACACAGACAGAGCCACACGCACCCCCCUUCCCACCCAUCAUCAGGAAACGAUUUGCUAAAGAAAUUGGACUUCGAUUGUUCUUGUUUGCUGGUCUCAGCUUCUACUAGUCCAAUCUGCUGCAAUUGA